AUGUCACCAACAGUAGCAAUCGGCUCGUCCGGCGAGUUCAGCAAAAUCCUGAGCACCUCAUCCAUCGUGAUUACAGACUUCUACGCAGACUGGUGCGGACCAUGUAAAACCAUAUCCCCAGUCUUCGAAUCCCUCUCGACGAAAUAUUCCAAGCCAAACCGCAUUACCUUCACCAAAGUCAACGUCGACAACCAACAGGCCAUCGCCCAACUAUAUGGCGUUCGAGCCAUGCCCACCUUCCUCAUCUUCCGCUCCGGCACCGUAAUCCAAACCAUCCAAGGCGCCGACCGCGGCGGCCUCACCACCGCGAUCGAAAACGCCAUCAAGCUCGCCGGGCCCUCCAAACCGACAUUCUCCUCCGCCGGCCGCACACUAGGCGGUAGCACACCACGCGCCUCUCUCGCUCGUCCCUUCAACUACCAGCGAUACAUCGACAUCCUAAUCUCGUUUUUCGGGCUGUACUUCAUCAGCCUGUUUAGUCUGGAUGCGUAUAAAGCGGCUGAGGAGAGCCCGUUUAAUAUCUAUAAUGAGGCGAAGAGUAAAGGGUAUACGGCGCCUGGGGGUGCGAGGUUAGGCGAGAAGAGGACGGGGGCGGCGACGCAGAUUGGGAAGAAGUUGGGGACGAUUGCGGAUUUGGGGGGUGAUUAG